UAGGUAAAAAAUUAUGGACCAAAUACUACUAAAUCGAAGUUCGUCAAUAUUAAACGAUACCGUAGACAUAAACAAUUCUGCAGUUAAAAAAACACUUUUGUUGUAUGAUUAUUUCAUUCCCAUGAUAGGAAUUUUGAUCGUUAUAACCAAUUUAGCUGUUGUUUUAUCUAGUGGGCUCCUGUUGAAAAAAGGCCAAGAACCAAGAUCUACAUACCUAUACUUAGGCAAUGUAGCCCUAACGGACUUUUUUACUGGAAUUGCCGUUAUAUUUGGGCAAGUAUUCCCAAUACAAUAUAGGGAUCACUAUGUAUGUUCACUACAAAUUGGUAUGAUUGUUUCCAGCACCUUAGCUUCAGUACUUUCAGUGGGACUGAUUGCGAUUGAUAGAUUUUUGUACAUUAUUCAUGGGUUAAAAUACCAGCAAUGGGUUUAUCCUCAAAGAGCCAGGUUAAGCAUUGGAUUUACAUGGAUAGUAGGUGGUUUCAUAGGUUUCCUACCUUUAAUGGGUUGGUAUGGGGACACUCAAAAUGGUAAAAUAUGUUGGUUCAUCCUACUAGCACCAAAGGAGUUAGUGCUGUUGACAGUCAUCAUAGGAAUAAUCCCGAUUUUAGUAGUUAUAGUACUAUACCUUGUAAUUCUAUUUCAUGCCUUAAAGAAAAUAUUUCAACUGCAAAAUCUAAACAAGCAGUCUUCAAAUCAGCAAGAAGAAAAAAUCAAUAAUUUAAGAAUGUUUAGAGGAAACGCAAAGAAUAAAGGAACUCGCACUCCACCUCCCAAAAAGGGGUUCUCGAGGGUUUUUAAAAAGGCGCCAUUAAAAUCCGUAAACACACCAAGCAAAUGGAAAGCGAUCAAAGUAGUACUAUUCACCACAGGAAGCUUCAUAGGAACAUGGUCUCCGUACUUCAUAGUCAGUCUUUUGUAUGUUUACAAAUGCGAUUUUAACACAGAAACAAAAUACUGCAAAAAUCUACGGCUUCUUAUAGCGAGUCCUCUGGCAAUUUUAGGGUUCAUGAACAGCUUUUUUAAUCCUAUCAUUUACGCUUGGUGGCAUAAAGGAUUUAGGGAUUUUGUUAAGAGGAGGUUUAAGAUAUUCUCCAAAAAGGAGGAUUCCAUUACUAAAUCAACAAGUCAAACCAUUAGUUCCAAGAAAAAUUCGAUGUCUUCAGAAAUUCACCUGAAUGUUUUAAACUAAUACACUUAUUUUUAGUUUAAAUGAUUGUGGUUUUCACGCUCAUAUAUUUUUGUACCAAUUUUCAAGGCUUUUUGUAUUAGGUUAUGCUAUUACUUUUGUAAAAAUACAUUGGAAAAUAAACUAUAUUGGACCAAAAUCUUGAUUUUGU